CUGCGUCGAACAAAUCGAUAUUUUCCAGCAUCUCUGUCAGGUAGUGCAGUUGAGAGAGCGGCUUGGCAAGACCUAGUUGACAUCGCUGAGAUGAGGCAUAAAUAUUAGUAAAAAGUGCGCCCAAAGUGUGAACAUAACUCGGAUGCCAUAAUAUUGCAAAGAUGGAUAAAUGCCCAGCACGUCCUGAAGAUGCUCGAAAAUAAGAAACCCUGGCUGGUUGCAAUCUACGCCGUGAUUUUCUUCGUGAUCUGCAUCACACUGUGGCAGAGUCUGCCGAGCAAUUCGGGCCACGUGGCCAAAGUUGCCCCCUACACCCUCCACACCUCCAACACGUCAGGGUACUUGUACCCCGUUCAAACCCUCCCUCAGGAUGAUUACCACCAGCUCAUCAAUCUCAAAAAUUUCACUUUUGCCGUUUUUAAUGCACCUUGCAAUGACUCGAACCCGCUUCUCCUGGUUCUGGUUCAUUCCGCUCCGAGGAAUUUCGAGACCAGGAUGGCGGUCAGGACCACCUGGGGCAGGAACAGUUUACAAGUGAAGGUUUUGUUUAUGCUUGGUUUGGUGAAAAGCCACCGGUUGAAAGUUCAGAUUGAGAAGGAGAAUGAAGAGUUUGGGGAUUUGGUUCAAGGUUCGUUCCUCGACACGUACAGAAAUAUGACUUACAAGCACGUCAUGGUGUUCAAAUACGCCAUCUAUCACUGUCCACAAGCGAAAUACAUUCUCAAGACUGACGACGACGUGUUCGUGAACAUGCCCCUCAUGUUGAACUUUCUGACGGCGGAUUUGUCGCCGUUUGGCGGCUCCCGGAUGAUUUUUUGCACUUUGAGGGAGAAAAGUCCGGUGGUGAGGAGUUGGAGGUCCAAGUGGAGAGUCUCCUUCAGGGAGUAUGCGGCCAAGACGUACCCUCCCUAUUGCCCUGGCUGGGCUGUUCUGUACUCCCCAGACGUAGUUUUCGACUUGUACAGAGAGGCCCAAAAAACUGACUACUUCUGGAUCGAUGAUGUCCAUAUCACUGGAACUCUUAUCGAGAAAAUCCGCUUAAAACACGUCGAUGUUGACGAUUUGGUGCUGAAUCGCAACGCACUUUAUCAGCCGGAAAAGGACAGAGGGCCGUUUCUGUUCGGGCCCCCGAACAUGGACGAUGAGGAGAUUAAGGCCCUUUGGGAGUACGUGGAAGAGCACGAGAAUCGUGUCUCGCUCCUUAAAUAUAUCACGUAAAAGUAUUACCUCGUUGGAUAAUCAAAACUUUCGACAGAUGCAAGACUGUCCUAUAGGUACUAGAAAUUUAAGACUGUCAGACAAACGGCCAAAGUAGCAAAUUUAGAAUCUAGUUGAAGUGCCUAUGGUUCUUGAAUUCGUGCAAUACGAAUAGUAUUAUUGUUAUACCGUGUGAUUCAAGAAAUUUGUACGGGGGACCGAGUGUUGCACGCCCUCUGGUGUGCCUCCUAUCAUUUAGUCCUCCGUGGUUACAACUUACAUGAUAUGUCGCAGGGGUCCAUGUAAUUAGUACCUAAUUAGUCGAUCGAAAUAGUCUGAGAGUGGACGGUGUGUUUUGUAAGUCUGAGUGGAAGCUAGGGGUGUUUUCAGUACAAAUAAAUAAUUUUGUUGUGUUGUUUGAAAUCCUAUCACGUUUGUUAUUAUUGCAGAGAUGAGACAAUUAUUAGUCAAGUAGCAUAUUUUAUUAUUGGAAUUAUAUCACAUAGGGUUAUAUUCAGAAUUUCGAAAGUCUUGUUGAGAAUUUGAUUGAAUUUAAAAUGUUAUUUACUAGUAUUGUACUAUGUACCUACUCAACAUAUUUAAAACGUGCCAAGUUCAAAAUUAAAUGCAAUUGAUUAUU